CUGAACUCUCUCCCUGCCGAAAGUGUUGGGUGGGCUGCACCGAGUCUGAGAACUCCCAGAGGCUGCGGAGGUCCAAGUGCUGGUUGGGGGUCUGGUUUGGAUAACUGGCUUACUUUCUCUUUCAUUUUGAAAUGUUCCCUGCUUCUGAAACGGGUUGCCUGCAAUGUCAAGUAAAACGCAUGACUCCUUGGAGACCCCAGCCAGGCUUUUAAGAACUAGGGCUUUGUGAAGGUAAGAGGUGAUCCGUGUCUGCGGGCUGGGGGCUGCUGCCUCGGAGUGGUCGGGGUCCCUGCCGGGAACGGGAACGCUAGCAGGAGUCUGCCAACUUGCUCUGGGAUCUGAAUGAGCCUGAACCAUCUGUGGAGGGGGUUUCAGCUUAGGGAAGGGAGAAAAUGGACCCUUCCUGCCUAGAUGGGUGGCCACCCAAUCCAUGGUGAGUUGCCUCUGUCCCCAACUCCUGCUGGCUCCCUUCCCUUCCCCGUUCCAUCCUGUGUAGGAGUUAGCAGUGGUCAGGGAAUUGGCACAGGCAAGCCGGGACUGGGAAGGGAGGCGCAGGGGCUGCCUGGCACUGAGAGGCUGUAUGGGCGUGUGUAGCAUGUGUAUUUCAGAGACCGACACUUGAGGAGACUAUUGCUCAGUGUAAGAAAGCACAGCUAUUGGAGAGCCAGAAAACAGGCAGGGAGAAGUCUCCAUGUGUGAGCAAAGAGCUUUGGGAAAUCUGUAAGCUGAGGAAGUGGAGAGGCUGGCAGCGAUGCGUUCUGACUCCCUCGUCCCAGGUACCCAUACCCCACCCAUCCGGAGGAGAAGUAAAUUUGCCAACCUGGGAAGGAUUUUCAAGCCUUGGAAAUGGAGGAAGAAGAAAAGUGAAAAGUUCAAACACACGUCUGCAGCCCUGGAAAGGAAAAUAUCAAUGAGGCAAAGCAGAGAGGAGCUAAUAAAACGAGGGGUCUUGAAGGAAAUUUAUGAUAAAGACGGGGAGCUCUCCAUAUCAAAUGAGGACGACUCCCUGGAAAACGGACAGUCCCUGAGUGCCAGCCAGCUGUCUUUGCCUGCCCUGUCCGAAAUGGAGCCGGUCCCAAUGCCGAGGGAUCCCUGCUCAUACGAGGUGCUCCAACCAUCUGACAUCAUGGAUGGGACAGUGUCUGAAGAGAGUCCCUCUGCCAGUGAGUCUGGAGUCCUCCUGUCCCAAGAUCCUUCAGCCAAACCAGUCCUGCUACUGCCCCCCAAAAAACCUGCUGCUUUCUCUGGAGACCAUGAGGAGACCCCAGUGAAGCAGCUGUCCCUUCUCAAGCAACCCCCUGCCCUGCCUCCCAAACCCACUGCCAGGAUUGCCAACCACUUAACAGAUCCUGGUGCCCCUGUGAAAUUGCCUUGUCUGCCAGUGAAACUGUCGCCUCCGCUACCUCCAAAGAAAGUCAUGAUCUGUAUGCCUGUAGGGGGGCCAGACCUGUCCCUGGCAUCCUACGCCGCCCAGAAGAGUGGCCAGCAGGGCGGGGCCCAGCACCACCACACGGUCCUACCGUCCCAGAUCCAGCACCAGCUGCAGUACGGCAGCCUGGGCCCGCACCUCCCCUCCGCCACGGGGACCCUCCCCAUGCACCCCUCGGGCUGCAGGAUGAUAGACGAGCUGAACAAAACGCUGGCCAUGACCAUGCAGAGGCUGGAAAGCUCUGAGCAGCGGGUCCCCUGUUCCACUUCUUACCACAGCUCUGGUUUGCACUCGAGUGACGGUGUCACAAAAGCAGGACCUUUGGGCCUUCCGGAAAUAAGACAAGUGCCAACUGUUGUGAUUGAAUGUGAUGACAAUAAAGAAAAUGUGCCUCAUGAAUCAGACUACGAAGACUCUUCCUGCCUCUACACACGAGAAGAAGAGGAGGAAGAGGACGAGGAUGAUGACAGCUCGCUGUACACCAGCUCCCUGGCCAUGAAGGUGUGCAGGAAGGACUCCUUAGCCAUCAAACUCAGCAACAGGCCCUCCAAGCGAGAGCUAGAAGAAAAGAACAUCCUUCCCAGGCAGACAGAUGAGGAGAGACUGGAGCUGAGGCAGCAGAUUGGCACCAAGCUCACCAGGCGGCUGAGCCAGAGGCCCACUGCAGAGGAAUUGGAGCAGAGGAACAUUUUGAAACCUCGGAAUGAACAAGAGGAACAAGAGGAGAAAAGAGAGAUCAAGAGGAGGCUAACGCGAAAGCUCAGCCAAAGGCCCACAGUGGAAGAACUUCGGGAAAGAAAGAUCCUCAUCCGCUUCAGUGACUACGUGGAGGUGGCCGACGCUCAGGACUAUGACCGCAGGGCCGACAAGCCGUGGACCCGCCUCACCGCUGCCGACAAAGCUGCCAUUCGAAAGGAGCUCAAUGAAUUUAAAAGCACUGAAAUGGAAGUUCAUGAAUUAAGUAGACAUCUAACAAGGUUUCACCGACCUUAACAGUCGAAUUCCUCUUGAGUGCUAUGCUGUCUUCAAAACAUAAAUUUAUCAGAACCAUAAGUGCUGGUAUUUAUUCACUUCCCCAUUACAAUGUAAAUCUUCUGAACUGCCUUUUUUAACAAGAAGAAGAAGAAGAAAAAUAAAAGGAAAUACAAUCAGGAUUCUAUUUGCGAAAACGCGAUGGUGACUGCUCCGUGGUCAGAGCCGCUUGGCAUCACCGCUGAUCCCAAGCUGUACCCGUCCCAGGCAGAGCCUCACAGAAGACUUUCCAGCACUUGGAGUGGCCCGGGUCCUCUCUGGCCAGGCCCGCAGGCACCACAUUCAUUUAGGCUCCGGUGAACCUCUUCCGUGAAAGUGUCUGUCAUCUAAGUCCAAAGAAAGCUGAGGAGGUGGGUUUGGCCUGGGAAGGACUGUGCAAAGCAAAUGAUCUGACUUCUAGACUUGGCCAAGCAUACUGGCUCCAGGCAUGGCAUCUGGUCUGGGGCCCCACAGGGGGACAGCGCUGAGAAGGAUCACUGUUUCAGUAGCCCUGUCCUUUCUCCCCCUCCAGCCACCCUCCAUGCAAUGAACAAAAGGGAAAAGCCCUUUGUCUGGGGGAGUCUGCGGUUGACUGUUGGUCCUAAGAGUGUGUGCCUCAGGCGUGAAAGGCUGGCACUGAGCUCCCAUCCUGCCCCCUCCGACUGAGCUGAGCUGCCUUCCAGGAAGCUCUGGUUUAGAAGGGGAAAGUUGUCAUCUGCUCAGUUCAAAUGAAUUGACCCAUUGUAUUAAAAAGCCAAAUGUCACAGGUAACCUUAUGCCCAGGUAACAAAUAGCCAUAGCUAAGGUAGCCUGCGGUAUGCGUAUGAGCAUAAGGACCAUGUUGAGGGCAUAAAGGCUGGGGUAAGAAACUCUG